AUGUGUUUCAGAGUUCGCGCUGUCUGGGACGCCUUCAUUAGUCUGACAGAGAGGAAGCAGAUUGAAAUCCUCGGCUCCCUGCCCUAUCAAAGAGCCGGCUGUUUUCUGGGUAGUGAGGAGGAAGAGGAGGAGGAGACAGCUGACGGUUCGCGACCUCGACGGGUUGAUAAGAAUAUCAACAAUGCUGCCGUUUCUGACAGUCGAAGGACCCGCCGGCCGAGGUGUCGUCCGCGUCGCCAGCACCGUGGGAAACCGCACGUUCGCCUUGAGGACUCAUUGCCUGAUGUAGAGCCCUUAGGUACGUAUCUGAGCACCUACGCAUCCUCCCGUUGUGACUUACGCCGUUGUGCGGCUGCUAGUUGAGCUCGAGAGAGAGAGAGCCCGUAAGGCACAACAGGACGAGUCCACGCCUCUAACCACUGGCCACGAGCCCGUUGCCCUGUCAGUUUCGAUCGGGAAUAUACUAUAGUAGAGGGGGCGCUCACCGAUCGUUCUUACGGAAGUCACUCGUUUCGUUGUGCCUUACGGGCUCUCUCUCUCUCGAGCCCAACCAGUAGCCGCACAGCGGCGCAUGAUAUAGGCAGUAUGUUAUUACCGACACAGACAAUGGGGACUGGGAUGGCCAGUUCUGGCUUACUAGCCGUCGUCAGCCAGUCAUACUCACCCGUUGGACAUCGAGCCUCAGGUGUUCCACACUUCGGGGUUGGGUAUGACUGACUGACGACGGCUAAUAAGCCAGAAAUGGUCACUCCAGUCUCCCUUGUCUUUGUCGGUAAUGCCAUUCUGCCUACAUCAUGCGCCGCAGUGCGGCUGCUAGUUGGGCUCUAGGGAGAGCUCGUAAGGCAUAAAGGAACGAGUGAGUUCCGUUGUUGGUUUAUUCUGCCCUAAUUCAGCCAAUCAUAACCCAAAGCAGCAGCUGAGACUAGAAACAAAAACAUGCGCACAGACGCAUCUGGAGCAGUUGGUCCACCACUGGGGUCUACCAGAUGGGUCAUAAGCACAUCAUCGAACCGAAGUUCAUCAGUGCCUCGCCACACACAUAGGUAUCUAGCUAAGAGUGCAACAAGCCAGACGCAGACAGUUGUUUCACGCUCGUUACCGAUCAUCAGUACAUCAUAGGCCUUAUGACAUGAGGCAUAUAAGCAUGUCAAGUAGGCGUGUGACCCUCAUAGUUGUGGUUAGGAUCUCACCUUACCCCUUUCUUCCUGCCUGGGCCGCAUGAUUGCCUCAGACAGUAAAGGAUGUGUUACAUGACAGUUAGCAAAACAAAUAAUAAAUAUUGCACCAUGACAAGACACCAAUUCACUUCAGUCUUCUGGUUAGGUUGUUUUUUUUCUGGCGAAACAGUGUCGCCAUUGUGCUUUAGCCGCCCUAGUCCCCUGACCUAGUGACAGAUGACCUUCUCGCUUACCCUAAACUACGAGUUCUCUCAUAGGACUCAGAUCUAAAAUAACAAAAGUUAGUCUGCUUUCGUAAGUACACACCUUGUGCAGGAUUUACCUCUUUCACAAUUUCCUUUUCUUCGUCUGAAAAUGCACCUAUUUUCUUGAGAAAGAUUAUCAAACUUGCUGGAGUGCACCAAUCAAUACUCCAAUUUGUUGUCGCAGUUUUGCGGUCCACCAUGAACUCACGAGAACUUACCAGCUUGUUCAAGUAAGCUUUUGCCAGUCGAAAAAGUGAACUAAAUAUCAUGGAUUGAAAACGUACUACCUUCUGUUGUUAUGAAUGUUCCGGGAAAGGUCAGCUGCCAGAAGAAAUUCAUUCACAUGUAUUCUGUUAACGCAUUCGCCGAAAGAACGGAGACCUGCUCUCCUAACAUUUAUAUGCGUGACAUUUUGUCAGCCGACGUCCUGAAGCUAGGGCUGCCCAACGGGUGUUUGCAGUUUUGUCGGUAGUUUGGUCUUCUAAAGGUAGUGUGUAUAAAUGGCUUACCACCGAAUAUGCUACCUUGUUAAUUACCGGUGCCUUCUGUGUGUGAUCCCGAUAUUCAUUCAGAGCGCCAGUAAGGGUCUUAUCGCCGUCUAACUGCCUUGACACAUGCCCUCACUGAAGUUUUGAGUAGUAUUCGAGGGGCUUAUUCGUAAAUCACAAGCACAUACAUCGCUGAAUGUGCCAACAGUUCCCCAUUUUGCAUCCUCUAGACUUUCGAGGCUCCGCUUUUCAUUAUAGUUUUGUAGAAAGGAGUUUUGAUCACCGACCGUCCUCCGAGAAGUGACUUAUUCACAAAACUUUUCGGAGUUGACAAAUUCAUCAAGAGCUAUGUACACAGACUACUGUAAUUAACAAUUCAGCCGUAUUGCGAAUCAGUGCGGAACUUGCUUCAUGUAGAGUUCGACUCCAGUCUGUUGUCCGCGUUUCUGGAUAUCUCAAAUUAACGUAUGUACAAGUGAAGAAGAAGAGGGUUGGAGCACCGGAACAUUUUGUUUAUUGUCCUGAGCUUUCGAAUUCGUGCAGAAGCAGCAACAGAACAAGCGACAGUUAUAGGGCAUGUAGGCCAAUCAUCCACCAACGGCGCAAGACUGGAGGUGACUACGCAGGACUCUAUACACCGGCGCAGAUCGAUAAAUCGAUUGACUGAGUUCUCUUCCGAGGCCCAGGCUUAAAUCAAUUCUCGGCCUGUCGUGUUUCCGGAGUGGGCAACCAUUUUGGUUGUUGUGAUGUUAAACUCAUUACCCAUUUGGUAGGUGUGGGCGGCCACUUGUGAUGAUGCGUCGGCUCGUCUCUCGGCCAAUUUAUGUUCGUGUAUGCGCGAUCCGAGCAUGCGUCCAGUCUGCCCUGUGCAGUUACGAGGACAGUUUUGGCACGGGAUGCGGUACACCACUCCAGAUUGCUCUUCAGGCUUUAACCGGUCUUUAAUUUUCAUUACCCUUUUGCGCAUGGUGGCUUUCGGGGGGGGGGGGUGCAAUUCCAACACCUAGCUCCGCAGCAAUGCGGCAGCAAAUGCCAUAUCGUCGAUGGUGUUGUUGUUUAAGUCCUCUGAUUGGCCUACUUGCCCUAUAACUGUCGCUUGUUCUGUUGCUGCUACUAUAUCUGACGAUGGAUUCUCGCAUGUGUCCGAAAGCUCACGACAAUAAACAAAAUGUUCCGGUGCUCCAACCCUCUUCUUCUUCAGUUAUGCAUACACCUGGAACUAGAAAUUUCGCCCUUAUUCGGAACGUAUGUAUUGUUUCUAAAAGGCAGUCAUACCAUGUCAUGCCUUUUUGCGCAAUUACAAUAUAUUUCAAUACGUCUGCACACGCGUUUGAUAACUUUAACCUCUCCACCCGGCUUUGCAGAUUCAGCUGAUGUGUUGGACCUACUGGACGCGUCUACUGUCGAUCCAACGGCACUAGCAGGUUUCCAUGAAGGGCAGGAGGAACAGCACCAGUCUAUGGACUGUGAUGUUCCGUCGCAAGGACCUGCAGAGGGUGACUACAACUCGGACACCGAGGUCUGCAGACCGCCCUCUGUAGGCUCCAUCUCGCCUAAGCUGAUGGCCUUCAUCAAGACCUCUGCGCGCCUUAUGGCGGCAGAUGCCGGUCGUGGCAGCAAGAAGCGCCAUUUUUCCGUACAGGAUCUCUGUCUCAUCCAGCGGGUUGAAGAUGAGCUCAGGACCACCUUUGCAACUGCCCCAGCAACAGGGUCGCAAACUGCCGCAGGUGAUCGGCGAUGGACGCCAUCAACUAGCCUUCUACUGCCUCUCAAGGAGGCGGCGACUGCCGCGGACGACGUGAAUCGCAUCGGUGCCGGACGGCCUCUGGUGCUGAACGGUUUUCAUCGUAUGCUUGUCCACGCCACUGCCGCCUACCUUGGUUUAGUCUCUUACAGUAAGUACUUGCAGGCUGCGCACUCUGGACGCUGUUUUCGCCUGACCGUGAAGCGGAUUAGUCGACUUGUACAGUAGGUGUGCUAACUCAUUCGACUCGAAAAGAUAACAUAAGUAGAGAUGUAAUGUUGGUCAUCACACGGCAUCAUACCAUGAUAAUUCAGUUACCUCAGGAUGCCGGUUUUCGAAUGAACUUCUUUCUGGCUGCCAGCAAGAACUACAGCUCGUAAAAAAUGACUGCUUAAGUAGCGUGAUUUUUUUCACUGUUUUUCGAUGCCUUUAUAAACUCAAAUAUUCUUCAUAAAAAACAUGAAUAAAAAUAUUCAUUCUUUUACUCAUCUGGUAGAAAAUUGAGUCUUCUUCAAAUUUUAUACUUAAAGGAAGGGUAGAAUUCGGUUUUAAAAAAUUUUCCAAUUCCGGCAUAAUUUUGAACCCGACCUGCCGAUACGCUUGCAUUCCGGGUUUCGAAAGUGCUGUUUGUAUAUUUUCCGUGUACGGACAGUCAUACAUUUCCAUGUGCUUUUAAGAGAAGGCCAUGUCGAGUUCAUUAAAUUUUUCAGUGGACUUGAGCCAUAUGGUAAACUUUAUAAGCAACAUUAGUAAAUGCAGAGACACUGAACGGGAAUUUUACGGUCUUGAAAAAUUUCAUAAUUAGAAACUUUGUUAAACCCGAAUUCUACCCUUCCAUCAAGUAUAAAAUUUGAAGAAGACUCGCUUUUCUACCAAAUGAGUAAAAGAAUGAAUAUCUUUAUGCAUGUUUUCUAUGAAGAAUAUUUGAGUUUAUAAAGGAAUCGACAAUCAAUGAGAAAAGUUCACGCUGUUUAAGUAGCCUCUUUCUUCACAAAUUGUAGCCCUUGCAUGCAGCCGGGAAGAAGUUCGUUCGAAAGCCGGCAUCCUGAAGUAACUGAAGUAUCAUGGAUUAUAUUGUACGAUGGCUAAUAUUACAAACCUAUCAAUGUAAUCUUUUCGAGUCGAAAGCGCAUUUCAGAAUUUCGAUUGACAUUUCAUGAGUUAGCACACUGUUAUGACCCGGAAGAAAGGUAGGACAGGAAAAGAGCCGGUUCGGAAGACGAGCACUUUAUUGGUAACUUGCGGACACGAAGGGUUCCAACUCGUCAAAAAGAUGCGCUAUUUAUGUUGGCUCCUGUGCGUUCUGGAACAUUCCGUCCAAUGACGUGCCAGCCGUUGAGGGCGUUCUAGAAUGUUCCUGCCGCGGGCGUGCUGGUCGCUGAUUGGCCACCGCGUGCACGAUAGCCCCCACGCAGAAACGUCUCAAAUGUUCGACCAGCCAUUGAUUGGGCCACACACGUGAGCAAAGCCACCACACGUGUCCGGCGCUGCAGUGCACGCCGGUCGGUCGUCCAACUUCACGCGUGUCUCACACCGCCGGCUUGGUCCUCUGUUCAGCUCCUUAGGCCAUGGCUCUACGCCGCUUGCACUCCCCACAACACACACCUACUGUAUAUCCUAACAGAGAUGACAGUUCGACCAUCGCAAGCGAUGGCGUCCACCGCGCGCGGUCCACGGAGUGGGUGCGGCACCGUUUAUUUGCACGUGCAUUAUUUUAUGGCGGGGCGGGCUUGCAAAGCAUCUGCCUCACCCGUCUUCCAUAGUCCACCUUCUUCCUGUAGCCAGACAGUGUUAAAACGUCCAGAGGUUGACUCGGAUGCAGUUGCUGGCAAAGCCAAACAGCUCGUGUACGCGUGCCGCACUCGCGACCGGAUUCCAAUACAUUUGCUGAGCGCUUCUAAGGGCGGCUCGAAUCUCAUGUGCACGAGAGUGCCAGAGACUGCAUUGAUAAGGAGCCACUACAGCCUGACUCUCAGUCCUCCUGUCAGUCAAAAGAACUCACCGCGAUGACCGUGCUAUCCCGUCAGUGGGCAGACUUCCAAGCCACGACUCUUAGCACUUCGUGCUACCUGCACAGUGUCGGCCUCGGUCUCUCAUCCCUCUCCCGUGCACUGCCAGUCGACUGUCCGAGCCUGUCAGUUAGCUGGCGAUGGGAUCGGGCGUGUUGGAUGACAUAUCAGUGGUGGACCCGUUAAGGCAGAUGCAAAUGGAGCGCCACUUACUACUAGGCACUAAAUCAGCGUCCACAAACACACGGAGCGCAUACUGUCCGCCCGUCAGAGUCGGUGUUGGUAUUCUUUAGAUUUUCUCGGUUCAGUGCUGGUUUAUUCACCGGAAUAGACGCACUCGAGGCCAAAGGCUAUGUCAAAAGACAGUCGAAGCAACUCCGAUAUUCUUUGUUGUUCUAUAGUAAUAAAGAGUAAGAUUAGCGGAGCACGAGAGAGUUAAUAAGGCGGGAAAUAAAUUGAAAAGUGGACAUACAUUCGAGGUGACUAGACGAACAGUCAGCGAGUGACACCAACGUGUGGUGGCCGGUUUAAAAGCGAGUGGCAACAAAGAACAAUGAACAAAGAACUUCGGGAACCGACGAAUUGGGAUGCAGAAACAAGCGCAAGAUUAUAAGAGUAAAACCUGGUUACUAAUAAACAGUUAGUAGCAAAAUAGGGAUACUAAAUUGGCACCAGGGUUGUCACAGUUGAUGUGUCAGCAGCACUGCAAGACAGGUUCUGGUAUUGUUUACGUGUGGUGGUGUCCUUUUACCACCAGCACUAUCGGAGGACAAAGCUGGUGUGCUUUCGAAUACCAUUUAGAUCAUCGCGCGAUCUACCAGUAAUGCCACAAAUGAGCCCAACCACUGUGUCGGCUGCACCUUUAAACAGCAGUUUACUCUUUGUGUAGUGGAUUGGCUAUGUAUUCGCACUUAAGAUUGACCCAGCAUUUGUAAACAUGCGCCCUGUGUGUAUCUCGUCAGUCUCUGUUCGGUCUUGACUGCCACAACGGACUGCGCUGCGGAUGCGCUAGACGAAAACAGGGGUCAGACUGGCUUACGGCGCACGGAUAUUGGUCUGCAACGAGUCCGUCCGAGCUCUUAACUCAUUUAACACAUGCGUGUGAUAGCACACCUUAGAUGCUAGGCCUUUGCGCCACGUUAGCCACUGUGCACAACCAGCAGGUUAGCAGGCUCAGAGAGAGAGAAAGAGGGAAGGGGGAGGCCGACACCGUGAAGUUCAUCCUCACAUUUUUCGCAUUAAGCAGUCUAACGCGCUAAGAGUCAUGGCUUGGAAGGCUGCCAACUGACGAUAUAGCUCGGCUCUUAUCGGGAAUGAGACUCCUACCAAAGUGGUCUCUAUGACGCUAAACUUUGCGAGGUCUGAGCCGCGCUCGUGAAAGCCAGGGAGAUCUAAUUGGGGACCCGGUCGUGUGUGUGGCAGGCGUAGACGGGUCGUUUGGCUUUGUUAGUCUCUGUACCCGCGUCCAUUUUCCGUCGUUUUGAUACUGACUUGCGAUAGACACUGCGUAGGUCAACCUUACAAUGAAAUAGUUAACGUCCAAGUCGCCGGGGCUGCGAUGACAGAGCAUCGACAUCCCUUAGUAGUGUCGAUUCCCUCGUGUUCGAACGGCCAGUCCACGCGGCCGAUACGGUUAAAGGGGUUUGGUCGUUGCGACUAACGCAACUCUGCGGGCCACAGAUGUGAGGUUAGCGCCAGAAUCGAACCACUACCACUACUGUUGUGCAUUUCUUACGUCUUCCUAUCCAUCAGAGUGGCCAGCCCUAUUUGAGUACCCCAUGCCCCUCACUAUCUGAAUAAGGCUGAGUAAGACUGACUGUUCGAAAUGUAACUCUCCGUUGCCGGCGUAGCUUCGGCAGCGUCGCUUACCUCUCGAUUUUGCUUUUGUAUUCACUCCCUCGUCCUCUGCCGUAGACCUUGAGCACUGAGAGUCGCACUUACCUCGUUUGUUAAUAGAAGCAAAGAGACGUGUUCUUUUGUCAGACUCCGCCUCUGGUGAUAGGUCUGAGUGAGAAUCCGAAACGUUGCAGUGAUUGUGCCGUCUACUUCCUUUGUGUCUGUUUGUCGUAGACUAUUGCAAUACUCGGGCCGACAGUGUUCGGGCGUCGGCGCUGCAGCAGUUUUUUUUGGACUGACUUCUAAGCACACGCUAUUCCCCCUCGGUCAGAUGCCUGCCUGUUCGCUAGGUUUCCUCGAACAACACGCGUGGAACUCGGGAUGGAGUCGAAUGCGGCCAUGGCAGUUCAAAACUCUUGCGGCCAGUCCAACUGCAAACGUCCACCUAGUGCUCGCGGGCAAGGCCUGGUGAGCUCGCGGCGCCGUGUCAGGCUGCUGACAGUUGCAGGGCUAAACAGACUGGAUGGGUGGAGGCCAAGAGAAAGCAACUACCUACCAGGCCGCACUCGUCCAAGAUAUGCCGGCGGAUUAGCGUGCCAACGUUAGAGCGCUGUUUCCGCUCUAUCAUACCUGCAUUUAAUGGCGUUAAAAAUGCCUACUAGAAACUCCAAAGUAGGUGUGUUUGUUAUAGUGCGAACUGUCUCUAGUUGUACAAAGGGUGACAAAAACCGGACUUCCCCUGCUUUUCAUCAACGAAGGAACCAUUGCAGUUUUACGGGCCAGACUCGCCAUCACGUUCCAGCGCCCUGAAAGCUGACCGUAUACCUCCACGUGGGCGCCUUCAUUUUCGAAAACAUUCGGCCAUUUUCGGACACAGGCCUGUCCAGCGUUUUAUGGCACUUCUUUCCUGACUUCAAUGCCGGCCAUGCAGAUGCCUUCCUCAAACUUAAUGGCAUAAACCCUGACUUUGAUGUAGCCUCGGUUAAAGACUUCAUAAGGAGUGGGGUCAGGGGAGCGCGGAGAGACCAUUCCAGAGUACCCCUUUGACCGAUUCAUCGGCCGAGAAAUUUCUCACUAACCUGGAAAAGCAAGGGGAGGCUCGUCAUUUUGAAAAAGGACACUUCCCGCUUAAAGCUGUGCGGUAGCACACUUCUGCAGCAUCUCCAGGUAACUUCCCCUGUAACGGUGAUCGUGUUACCGGAAGAAGAAUGACCUACGCUGCCGAGUGGUAGACAUAGCACGCCUAAACCACCAGCUGCAGAGGGUCUCACCCAUACUUCAGAAUUGCUGCUGGGUUUUUUAUUUUUCCUAACUUCGACACUUGUGUCGGUUUGUGUGACCGGGGAGAUGAAGGAUAGACUCAUCGCUGAACCUUAAGUUUCCGAGGAGCUGAGGAUCGCUUUGGCAGUGGAAGAGGAGUGAUUCACAUAAUCAUGAUCAUAAUAUUCUGCCUGAAGGGUUUAAAGAAUCUGAAGUCGGUACGGGCGGGGCCUUAUCACUCCCAGAAGCAUCGACUGAAUCGAGUUUUUCUUGAUACCGAGUUUCAAUUAAGCCCUCCGAUAGACUUUUUCUGGCGCUACGCGGACGCCUGUUCUGGCACUUCGUUUCAUUUGUCAGUUGUGGUGGUAGUAGCAGGCCUGCCAUUGCAUGAUUUUUCAACAGCUCCUGCUUCCAGAAAUUUGCCAUGAAUAGCCUAAAAUGGUGUUACGUGUUGGAAGUUGUAUGACGGCCACAAAGUUUGUCAAACUUGCGCUGAACUGCAGUCGGGGAAUGAUGUGCUUAAAAAACUGCGAAGUUUAAUCUGUCGAUUGUUGGGAGCACCCGUAUUAACGCUAUCUCUUGUUUAAUACUACUUUCCGCGAACAAGUACUAAGUCACCUUUUCUCCUGUUAGUUUACUAACUUUCCGUUUUCCUGUUUUUUAGAAGUUCGGUAAGAUUUGGUUAUGUAACCGCAUCUGAUGGACACAAUACUGUUAGGUUUGGGGUAAGGGUUAGGAGUUAGGGUUAGGAGCUAUGGUUGGGGGUUAAGGCGACUGUUUCUCAACCGCUCAAAGUACAACCAUGCAUUGCCAAUAGCUUUUAUUUCGCAUACAACUACUUGACCUCGUCGCCUGUGCGUUCCCCGGCCCCACCUGUAAAAACCCCUAUUACCACCGGUCCCGUAUUGCAGGUGGCUGGGGUUUGUUUACCUCAGGUGGUGCUACGUAACCUCAUCUGACCAGAAGUUGUUUUAUCCGUUCAGUAUUGUUGGCCCAGUUUGUGGUCUUUGCCAGGUCUUAGUUCAUGCUGGUUGACCAACAGAUGUUUUAUGCGCUCAUGUCAGUCCUGAAUGCUUUUAAUCAAUUCCAACUCGAGGGAACUUUUUUCCGCGACAUUUGGACCUGCGCUUGUUCAGGCCAUCGUUUCCCGUCCCAACCCCGCUCUGGAUGGUAUACACCACCCUGCGUCUUCAGCGAAAGCCAAUUUUUCUGACGGCCGGUAUGCGGGCUAGGGGGGUGGGACAUGAUCCAGUGCGUGUGCUGGUAAUGAAUGCGUCCGCAAAUUUUUUUACCAUCUGGUUUUCCCGCCUCUGUUUUCUCUGGUGUGUGUGUGUAGACUAUGCUUCAACGGAAUUUGAACCUCCUCAGCACCGGAUGUGAAAACUUCGCAGUUUACUUUUAGACGAUGACUACGCAUCAACUGGUGCCAACUACGCAAUAUCCAGAGGCAAACAUGGAUACCCCGCUGAUUAGUUCUUCGCCGUCGUGGAAAAAAUUAUCUAAUUAAUGGUGAUGGUGGUGGUGCAGUAUGCGGGUGAAUCCUAACCCAUGAUCCGAUUAUUGGCCACCUGAAACCCCCGUUGUGGGAUCGGUGCAGCAUCCAGUUGUCCUCAAAGUUGGCAUAACUAGCACCGUUAUGUAAAUUCCUGCGCUGGCAUUCACCUGUGCCCUCCCCAGCCUCCGGUCUUCUUGACUCUUUCUUGACACCGAGCCCAGGUGGGGGAGGAGGAUAAAAUGCGGUAGAUGCUGUGCAAGUCCACUGACACUAUAAACUAACACACGCACAAGUCACCGUUCCUGCAUCACCUUUUUGUGGAGCACACGGUGGACAUCGUACGACAACGACGCUCGAACUGUCGCGUGCAUGGCUGCCCAGUCACCUACGUCCUUUCUGUUGUUGUUGGUCAAAAUCCUGAUCAAGUGUUUGUUAUGGACCAGGGGAUGUGGAGUGGAGUGCCACGGUGCGGGUUUGGCCGCGCCAUCUACCUGUGCUCUCCGUGCCCCGCCGGUUUUCUUGACUCUGUCUUGACAUCAGGUCCAGGUGGGGAGGAAGAGAGUGUGCUAGAUGUUGCGCAAGUCUACUCUCACUGUAAACUAAUUUGCGCACAAGUCACCGUGUCUGCUUCACCUUACUGCGUAGCACACGGUGGACUUCGUCGGAUGUGACAGUCGAACUACCAUCAACACACAAAAGGGUGGUGGCUUUGCUUGCAGCAAACUCAACCACGUCUAUCUGAGCUGCUUUUAAAGUUGAAGUGAUAGAUGUGCGUGUUAGGCGGGCAUCAGAACUGGCUCGCGUACACAACAUCGUCAAAGUGGGAUAAGUCUCCUUGUGACGAUAACAUUGUGUUGAUGGCAGAAAGGCAGUGGAUUAGGGUGGGGAUGCAUUUGAAGCUGGGGAGCAAACCGUGGAGGCAAGCGUAGAUCGGCCGCAGAUUGCAGACUGAAAAUGCGGUACACAGCUAUCUGCAAAGCAAUCUGAAUGCUACAUGCUGCAGACGAUUGACAACAGCCAAAAGCCGCGACUCGCACCAUCUCCGACCAGUCGCAUUCGCCGUCAUUCGCUGCUGGCCAUUGCUGAAGGACAUCAUUGGACUUGGUUGGCGUCUUCGAGUGGCUCGUCUUGCUGACAGGAAUCUAUGACAGCCUUCAGCAUGCGGUGACUAAACGGCCAUGUGAGUUGGUGGUUUGCCCAGGAAAGUCGCAUAAACCAAAGUAUUCUCCUGUUGUAUAUUUGAUCAGGUGAUGGCACUACCCACUUCUGAUGGACGACUAAUAUUCAAAAGAAAUCAUUGCACUGCCUCGCAGUACACACGAAACGGGGCCAAGGUUCGCACAGAAACUAGCUAUUUCCCUCAAUUAUAGCGUGCCCACAUUGACCUUUGAGUUUUGUCAGAUAUAUUGGCCGUACAACCAGGCGUCUGGAAAAGAGAAUACGCGAACACAUGCCUGCCUGGCUAGGUAGAGGUGAACAUCGAUCGAUUUCGAGUUCAAUUCUCGCACAUCUAAUCGAUACGAACCAUCAAACCGACGCUAAAAAAGGUUUUAAAGUUAUCUACCGGGCACCCGCACACCACUCUAAAGGCCUGCGCAAACGGGUGCUAGCGACAGCCGAAGCAGUGGCCAUUCGACUGGCGAACCCAGCACUCUGUUGUCAGUAGACGCUGACACAAGCAGUCUGUCUGCCCUGGCCGACUCCAGACGUUGAUCGCACGCCGUCCCGACGCACUGAGAACAGUCACACGCACUCACAGCGCCUACAAUCUAACCGGAACCCCUCUACUUCCCCCCCUCCCACCCCAACUCCAUCGUCCUCAACACGCUGACUCCGUCAUGCGGGCGGUAUGGGCGGCGAUUAACCCUACCCCCGAGACGCAUUUAUACCCUGUCGACAAUUAGACUGAUCAUUUCCCUUGUAAAUGUACAGGCCUGAUGAGGAAUUACCGAAAACCUAUGUUAACCAAUUAACUUUUCAAUAUCUCAAAGCGCUGUGUCCGACUGAAAAAACGGCUCCACUUCAAAUGGAAGGUCUGCAGAUGUCGACAAAAUCCCGUCUGUUGUCGAGGCACUCCUUUUUGAUUUUAACAGUCACUCGCAGAUCUCUUCCUUCCCUUGGGAUGAUUGCCACUGCCAAGUAGGGCACCGCCUAAAUAGCGCACGCACUUUUUGACCAGUCAGCUAGCCGUGGCCGGAGAAACGCUUUUUUUUCAGUUCCCCUUAGUCAUACAUGGUUUAAAACUCGCCCCUGUCCUUGGUCCCAGGUCUGUGACCUGAAGGGCGUCGACGAUGACCGUCUAUCUCCCAGCCGCCUGCCCUGACCUCAAUCCGCCGUGAGGCGCACGCAUUCGACAGAACACGCCGGGGCCAGUCUGUCUCCGCUGCAGCUGCUGCUGUCGGCGGCAGCGGCAGGCAGAGGUGUUUAAGCAAACCGGUCUGAUAGGUCUGCGCAACAACCGUCUGGGCUGGACGCCUAACGCCGGCGCGACCUGGCGUGCGCGCGCGCCGGGCAGCAAAAGUCCUUUUACUGCCAGUCGCAGACGUCAUUCGCGCGGUGGCGACUACCUCUGCUAUCGUGUGACUGCGACCGGCCAGAGCGGCAUGGAUUCCACUGUCUCGUAGCGCCGUUUGUAGACGAGAUAGAAGGAAGCAGUAUUGUCCUUUCUGAUGGGAGGAUAAAUGUGGCUCCUUGGUGUCAUAUCGGAGGAGGGAGGCCUCUGACAUUUGAAGGGGCGACUCCAACCGAUCAUUAUCUCGGAUACUGGCGAGUGCAAGAGCGCGGCUUGAGUGUGCUGCGUCGUUUGUCGCCAUGACCGUCAGCGCCAAUGCUACAGUAGAUGUGCUAACUCAUGAAAUGUCAAACAAAAUUUCGAAAUGCGUAGACCAUGGAUCGUGUCAUGGAUAUCAACGGGUCUUUAGUAAAAAUUAUUUAUUUAUUUAUGAUUGGUGAUAAGUGGAGUUCUACGGGUGGGGAAGCAUACUAGACAAUGAGCUGACUAAAUGAAGGAAAACACAGAAAUCGAGGCGCCGCGUUUUCCACAGUUACAGUACAUGUGCUAAUUCAUGAAGUGUCAACCCAAAUUUCGAAAUGCAUUCUCGUUUCGAAAAGAUAAAUUAAGUAAUGUUGUAAAACUAAUCAUGAUGCAGCAUAAAUCUAUAAUAAUCCAGUUACCUCAGGGUGUCGGCUUUCGAAAGAACUUAUUUUCGGCUGCAUGCAAGAUCCAUACUCUGCAAAAAAUGACUACUUAAGUAGCAUGCAAUUUUCUCAUUGAUUUUCGAUGCCCUUGAAAAUUCACUUAUAUUUCAUGGAAGACAUGCGCAAGAAUAUUCAUUCUUUUACUUAUUCGGUAGAAAAUAACGUCUUCUUACAGUUUCAUACUCAAAAGAAGAGUAUAAUUCGGUUUUAAUAAACUUUUCUAAUUCCUGAAUAAUUUUGAACCCGACCUGCUGUUACACUUGCAUUCAGGGUUUCAAAACUACAGGCUGUAUAUUUUCCGUGUACGGAAAACCAUGCAUUUCUCUACGGUGUUAAGAGGAGACCAUAUGAGGUUCAUAAAAUUAAGCAGUGGAUUUGAGCAAUAUUGUUAACUUUACAAGCCACAUUCGUAAAUGCAGAUACAUGACGUUUCAUGAACGGCCAUUUAACGGUAUUAAAAAGUCUCACAAUUAGAAACUUUUUUAAAACCGAAUUAUACUCUUCUUUUGAGUAUGAAAUUGGAAGAAGACGUGAUUUUCUACCGAAUAAGUAAAAGAAGGAAUAGUUUUAUGCAUGUCUUCCAUGAAAUAUAAUUGAAUUUUCAAGGGCAUCGAAAAUCAAUGAGAAAAUUGCAUGCUACUUAAGUAGUCAUUUUUUGCAGAGUAAGGAUCUCGCAUGCAGCCCAAAAUAAGUUCUUUCGAAAGCCGACACACUGAGGUAACUGGAUCAUUAUAGAUUUAUGCUGCAGCAUGAUUAGUUUUACAACACUACUUAAUUUAUCUUUUCGAAUUGAGAACGCAUUUCGAAAUUUUGGUUGACAUUUCAUGAGUUAGCACAUCUACUGUAAUUGCGAACUGUUUCUCGGCUCCGAGAGUUGGCAGCCUACGGAGUCACACGUCGCGCCUGAAUUUGCCGCAUAUUUGGUCGUUUGCUGGUUGGUGGUGGUGGGGCUAAAACACGUCAACUGCGGCUUCGCAGUUAAUUAAGCUGGUGCGUGACGGCCACUCCGUACCGUGUCGCCAUCAACCAGAUCCGCGGUCUCAUCGAAUACCCGCACUGCAAUUACACUGUACACUCGGUAGAUUGUAGAUGAGGCUUUGCAGGUCGAGACUUUCUCGUUCGGCAGCACCACUUUGCUGCGAAGUGUUGAACUGCGAUUUGUGGACGAUUUGAACCCUGGGAGAUGAAAAGUGUCUGGCCACGGUCUUUGCGAUACUCCUUCUACGCACUGCGUACGUUGACAUGACACGAGUGAGUUGACAUCCCGAAUUAUGGGACCGCGGGUCCCUCUCAGAGAGUGCUCGUGGAGAUUGUAGCGGCCAAACAGCGAGAGUGUACUCAGAGCGCUACAAUCGUGAGGCUAGAUCUCGGGUUUUAUACAGAAUCCUGCGGUUUCCUCUCAGGCGGCAGUGACUGCUGGCGAAGCCAGGGUUGGUGUUUACUGCGUCCGAUCAUGCCUGAGAAUCCUCGCCAGAGAGUGGUGGCGGCCACGACGAAUGUGCGUCCAAGUUGAAAUCGGUCGGGUGGGCUGCAGGUCAGUGCUUCUGGAACCACUGGCUAAGAAAGUGAAUGAUCUGGCCCAACGGGCUUCGAACAUGGGCGCCAGACAUGGCCGUGAUGGCUGUUGACGACAAGACUACUUCAAUUCUAAACGUCCAGCCCCCGCCCCUCCCCCGGAGGGGAUUUCACCCCACCUUGUUGAGUAGAAUACCGUAUUAGAUAUUCAGCGUCCAGUAUAGUGCGCAGUACUCAAGACUUCGCAUGCAACAGCGGGUGGCUUCCCUCAAAUCGCAGAAUCUGUGGUGCGUUUCUCUGUCUUCAUAAUACACCCAAAGAAACCGAAGAAGUGCAGCCGGUUCUCUUUUCUGGGCUCCGCCCAAUAAUCAUGUUGCAGUUAACGCUACCUCUUCCUCCCUUAGGUUAUCAGGGCACCACACUUUUGGCCAUCAAAAUAGGACUGGAAUGUGGUUUUUUUUUCGAAAAAUAAAAAACUCAUGGUUGGCAGGAAAAUGCGGGCGAGAAGCUAUCGCAUGCAGAAAUACUGCAGACCAUGGAUUGUCUGAAAACAAACUAGUUCUGUAUAUCGGUUUCUGUGGUGCGUUUCCACGCGCAUAUAAGGCGGCCGGACCACAGGGGGGGUUCGAAUUGCAUGGACGUAAACACACAAUUGUGCUACGGAGCGGUGAGCCAUUAUAACGGGUAGUCAUCUACGCCGUGAUGAUGACGCACAGCAGUUCGUCCUCCACAGACGACAGUGACCACCACCACCACCACCACCACCACCACCACCACCACCACCACCACCACCACCAGGGGGUUCCCAACUUGGGGUGCUCGCACCACUUCAGGCUGCGAGGUGGCCUUCUAUGGGAGUGCGAGGUAGUAUUUCAUUUUUUUAAUAUCAAUAGAUAAUACUUUUUUAAAAUAAAUUAACUUGAAGCAAUAUUUCCCCGGAAUGAAUUUAAAGCAGGCAUAGACAGCAGAAUUUAUUGGAACCAGUAAAUUUUGCGACUGCAGCCUGUCGUGGUAUAACACAGAUUACAAGUGAGAAAGAUACAGAGGUUUGGACUUCCACAGAGAAAAUCGAUGUGAAACAGCAAGGUCAUCUUAUACUGCACGCAGACUAAUCAAUAAAAUGACAACUUAAAAACGCAACAUAGGAAAGGAAAUGGGGAUUUUUUGAAUUUCCCAUUCACGAAACAGGUCUUUAGCUCCUGCGUUUUGACUGUCAGUUCGUCGGUGUUUUCAGAUUUAAAAUAUGUGGAUCUUUAUCUCUCUGUCAUUUAAGGUGCCUGGAAUGCCUCCUUUGAGGAUCGUCAGCUCUGGGUGGACAACCGAUAUGCCACGUUUGUGCCAGUCGAUCUGAACUUUGUCAGUGCAAUCCGUCAGGCCCUGCUGGAGCAGCAAAGUCAACUUUGCCGUCGUCACUAA